AUGUACUCCUUACGCGCAGCAGCCGUCGGGAAGAGAGGGCGCGGCGUGCGGGCCGAAGAUAAGCGGCUUAGCUCCGCACCCGAGCAAGAUAGUGCUAUCAACCACACCAAUAAGAAAGAACGAGAAGGCGAUACAUCUCUAUAUACAGCUGCCAACGCUACUGCGUACGUCCGGGCGCAAGUUCGCGGCUACAAAAUGGCGCACUGGGUAUUCCAACAAGAUUCGGCGCCAGCUCUUAGAGCGAAGAGCACACAAGACUGGCUGGCGGCGCGUGAAAUCGACUUCAUCCGGCACGAAGACUGGCCCUCCUCCAGUCCAGAUUUGAAUCCGUUAGAUUACAAGAUAUGGCAACACUUGGAGGAAAAGGCGUGCUCAAAGCCUCAUCCCAAUUUGGAGUCACAAGACAUCCUUGAUUAA